UGGUCUCAAAACGUAAACAAAAAUGUUAAUGUCAACUGAUUUUCCGUCUUACACAUCAUAGAUAUUAUGUCUUCAGAUCUUGUAAAACGUGGUCUUGAACUAUUCAAUGAUCAAAUUGAACUGCCUAAUGAAAGAAAAGCAAAAGAAAAGAAGAGUAGAAAAGUAAAAGAUGGUAUGAGAUUAAUCAAUAGUAAUAAACAUGGUGUUUGGAAACAAUUACGACAAUUACAUGUAGAACAGGCUCAUGAUACUAAGAAGAAGAAACUAUUAAAGAAGACCAAAUCAAGAUUAGAGGAAUACAAAGAUAACCAAGAAAAAGAUCAUACCAAAUCUAAUGUCAAAAUAUUUAAACAAAUUUCCAGUGUUGGGAAAAUCAAGUCAGUGUACAGUAAAAAGAUUAUAGAGCAACACCAGAGAAAAUUGUCUAAAGAUAUGCCUAAAGAAAUGAAUGAAGAAUCAGAUACUGUAUUUACAGAUAGGGACUUUGACAAAUUUGAAGAAGAAUAUGACUUUUUUCAGAAAUUACAGUGACAGCCUUUGUGAGGAUUUUGUUUGCCUUGAAGAUUCAUUCCCUCUUGACAGUUCCUAGAGUCAAGUGCGAAUUUGUGAAUUGGUUCACCUUUAAAAAUGGUGUAAAAGGAUUUAAAUGUUCCAGAUUGAUCUAUGCCUAAUAGUACAUUUCUUAAUGAUUAUGUACAUUUUGAUUGUAUUUUAACUUAAAAUCUACAUCAUAAAGAUCCCUCGAUAGUUGGGAAUCGAAAUAGAGUAUGCCAAUACAACUGUCUUGGCAAAAUUUCCUACAUUACAUGCUGAUGGCCUGUGCCUGUCUUUCUUAAGCCCAAUGAAUUAGGUGCAGAAGAGUAGGACAUUAAACUUCAUUCUUUCAUUUUCACAUCUCAAAUCAAAUUAUAAUGGAUAUUCUGAAUGAUGUUGAAGGAGGUCAGAUCUUAAGCACAAACUGUGAAUGUUCAUAAUGUUAUAUGGCUGACUGAAAGGUGAUUGUCUUUUUGUGUCUGUGUCUUCCAGGCUAAAAUUCCAAUGGACAAGCUGUUGUUUGAUCAUUAACAGGAUAAUUGAUACAAAUAAAAAUGAAAUUUUC